AUGCAAAGGACAAGUGGGGUCGUGGCGGUGGUGGUGGUGGUGCUUGUGGUGGUGCUUGCGGUGGUGCUUGCGGUGGUGCUUGUGGUGGUGCUUGUGGUGGUGCUUGCGGUGGUGCUUGCGGUGGUGCUUGUGGUGGUGCUUGUGGUGGUGCUUGUGGUGGUGCUUGUGGUGGUGCUUGCGGUGGUGCUUGCGGUGGUGCUUGUGGUGGUGCUUGUGGUGGUGCUUGUGGUGGUGCUUGCGGUGGUGCUUGUGGUGGUGCUUGCGGUGGUGCUUGCGGUGGUGCUUGUGGUGGUGCUUGUGGUGGUGCUUGUGGUGGUGCUUGCGGUGGUGCUUGUGGUGGUGCUUGCGGUGGUGCUUGUGGUGGUGCUUGUGGUGGUGCUUGUGGUGGUGCUUGCCUGCUUGUCGAAGGGGAAGCGUUUAAAGUUGAAGGCGGUUGAAAACGUGCCUGGGAGGGGAAGGAAGAGAAGGGGCGGAGUGAAGGGGAAGAGGAGGAACGAAAAGGGGGAUGAGAGGGAGGGGAGAUAG